AUGAAUAGACACAGAGGUACUUCAAGUCGUUGCAGAAAGAUAUUAAAAUUGGUGAACUAUGGGAUACACGACAAUAUUAUUAAUGAAGAUGACAGUAGUAUUGAACUUGAAGAACAAAAUGAAAUUAAAGAAAAUUUCACAUAUCUUUCGCGAAGUUCUUUCCCCAUUGAUGGCAUAUCAGACCUCAAAGAAGUCAACUCAGAACCUGAUGAUUUUAUUACAUCGGCUCCAUUAAUAGUAGUAAAUGUAUCUCCAAAUGAUAAUAAUACCUCACCACCAAAUUUACCAACAAAUGACAUUUUAGAUAUUUCUCAUAAUGUUAUUGAAUCAUUACUACCUGAAAUGGAAUACCCUACUCCAUUGCAAUCUGUAAAUAAUAAUGAUGAUUUACAGACUACUGAUAAUUCUAUUGUAAUGACUCCAUCAACCCAACAAAAAAUAGAUUUUAUAGCCACGCCGACUGUUUUAUACAUUAAUAAUGAUUACGAUCUAAGAAAUAUUUCCGACUUAGAGGGUUUUUUACAUAGUAUUGAAACACAAAAUAUAUCACAGGAUAUUGUAACUACAGAAUCGGAGGAAAGACCGGUCACUCCUAUAGAACCGCUUACGAAAAAGAGAAAAAUAGAUCCUAAUUUAUGGAAAGAUCGCAAAAAUAAAACUCUUAAAAAUUCUGGUAAAAGUUAUGAAAGUGUUAGAACUAAAAAGCAAAACGUAGAAAAAUCUAUAGGUCCACCAUGCAACUGCAAACUGAAAUGUUACGAAAAGAUACAGCAAAAUAUGAGGAGUAAAAUUUUUCAAAAUUUUUGGGCUAUCGGGGACCACGAAAGACAGUGGGAUUUUAUUAACCGCCAUGUAAAAAAAGAAAACGUCAAAAAAAUUACAGUUGAACGUAAAAAUAAUCGUACUCAAACAUUAACAUAUCAACUAUUCGAUGAUACUAAUUCCAUGAUUAAAGUUUGUAAAACUAUGUUUUUAAGUACCUUGUCUAUUACACAGCAAGUAGUAUACACAGCUAUUGAUAAAUUGGGAGAUGACAAUUAUUUAAAAGAUUACAGAGGAACUCAUAAGAAUAGGCCAAGAAGAAUGUCAGAAGAGACUGAGAAAAAGAAUGCCAAAGUUACCGGGCAUAAGUAUCAAGUAAAACAAAUGACGCAAGCUGAUUUCAUAGAUUUUAAAGAAUUAAUUAAAGGGAAGAAUUGGUUAAAAGAUACAGAUGGUAAUAAAAUUUACUGGAGCAAAAUUAAAGAAGUAGUUUUUCCUUAUAAUCAACCUGAUACAGUUUACUUUAGAUACAGUUUUGAAGACGAAUUACAAGAGAUGCAAGCUAUUACGAGGACUAACUCACGAAGGCGACGAGGGGAACCUAUAGAACACGCUGAAAACCUAAAACUCGCAUACACUGGAAUGCUGCCCGUACCUCUUCCUUUAUAUAGAGAUUUAAUAAGUCUGUGUGACUCGGGAGCCAUACCAAACCACUACCAGUGUUUUUACAGAAAUCUAGUGCCAUUAAAUUCCACCUCAGUUACCAACGAUAGUGACGAGGAGAAUUAUUAG